UUUUUUUGUGGAACGGGACACGAUUGCAGAGAGGGACAGUGCAGGAGAGCACCUCCUUUAUAUAUAUAUAUACUUUGCAUGAGGAAAGAGUGUUGUUUAUUCAAAACAUACAUAUAAGCCCCAUUGUCUGCCAAAAAGAAAGGGAAAAAGAACAAAGCCUAGAGUGUAUUAUUGUUUUUUUCAUUUAUGAAUUGUUUCCUAUAAAACAUCCUGCAGCGAUUUAACAAUAAAACUGUACAAACUGAAACACAUGAAAGGCUAAUAAAAAUAGCACAUGCCCUGUCCCCGAAUGUAAACUUGUGAGGGAAACAUACACUUUUUUCUCUCUCUCUGAAGAGGUCAGGGGUAUGUACGUAGUUUCCCCGUUUUUUUCAGACCUCUUGUGAUUAUUGUUACCUCAGAAUCACAAAUAACCUUGGUUGUUAAUAGAAUAUUAAGACAAAUACACAUACACAGCUGUAGUCAGUGCUAGUGCUACUCAAGAGUAGACGCAUCAGAAUUGCUAAGGACCUCUUGGACUGGGUUUUGUUGGGGGAUUUUGUUGCUGUUAUUGAUAUUUUUCGUAUAUUUAUUUUUGGAUCUUUUGUUUUAUGUGAACAUUGUUCAAUUUGGUUGUGUUCUUUUUGAUGCGUUUUAUUUAUUGUUUAGUUUUAUUGUAUUUGUAAUUAUGUAAAUAUUUUCAUGGUGUCAGCUGCCUUGAGUAUGGCUUUAACAAUGGAAAGGUGGUAUACAAAUAGUAUCUUAACACCUUCAUGUAAAUUCUGACGCAGCAAAUAAAUGAUGUAAAUAAAUAAAUUCACAAAUACACUUGGGGGAUACAAAUUUAGCCCCCACCUUUUUCAUUUAAUCUUAAAUAUAUCCAAGGUCAAGCUCUGAAUGGUGCUGUGACUCUUGACUGCCUCUCCUCACAGACACUUGAAAUGGCAUCUGUGAUUAAAGAGUACCUCAUAAUUCUAUUUCUGUGAAGGAUGAUUUACCUCAGGAGUCUCCAUUUUGUCAGUCUUGGUACACAGAGAUCAAGGUUCAUUACUUAGACCUACCUGUGUUGGAUAGUUUCAGAUAAAAAGAAUGGCCUACUCGGUUCCAACACAAAAUUUUGUAGCCAUUUCAGAUGUGCAUCCAAAUCUUGCUCGUCCUAGUAUAAUUGGUAUGGUGAUUGGGAAAACAGAUGCCAAAGGCUUUCCAGACAGAAAAAAUAUUGGAUCAGAAAGGUACACUUUUAGCUUCACUGUCCGCGAUUCGCCAUCUUAUUUCAUAAAUGUACAUUCUUGGGGAAGAGAGGACUAUAUUAAAUCACUUUCAGAAAGCUUUAGAGUUGGUGACUGUGUCAUAAUUGAAAAUCCUUUAGUUCAGACAAAAGAGGCUGAAAAGGAAGAAAAAUUCAACGCUACAACUCCUAGCUGCUACAAACUACUCCUCAGUGAGAAUCAUUCCGUGGUUAAAAUCUGUCCCCACUAUGAAGUUGACACCAAACUACUGUCCCUGUUGAAUCUACCUGUGAAGAACCCUCAAGAUUUUUACUCUCUGGCGGACAUUGCAGCCAAUGGACAGAGCCUGGAAGGAAGAAUCAUUAAUAUUCUUGCAGCUGUCAAGUCGAUUGGAGAACCAAAGUAUUUCACCACUUCGGACAGACGAAAGGGUCACAGAUGUGAAGUAAGGCUGUAUGAUGAAACCGAGUCUUCCUUUGCAAUGAUAUGCUGGGACAAUGAAUCUAUCCAGCUUGCACAGAGCUGGAUGCCACGAGAAACAGUAAUAUUUGCAUCAGAUGUAAGAAUAAAUUUUGACAAAUUUAGAAAUUGCAUGGUUGCAACUGUACUCUCAAAAUCCAUCAUUACUACUAAUCCCGAUACACCAGAAGCAAUCAAUCUACACAACUUUAUAAGAGAAAGUGCAGAAAUGUUAGAUUUGGAUGAUGAAAUGGGAGAUCAUUUCAGAGAUUCCAUAAAUGUACAGGCAAUAGUUGAUGUUUAUACAGUGGAGCAAUUAAAGAUGAAAGCUUUGCAAAAUGAGGGAAAAUCAGAACCUUUCUAUGGCAUUAUUUUUGCCUACAUUUCUACGCUGAAUAUUGAUAAUGAGACAACUAAAAUAAUACGAAACAGAUGUAGCAAGUGCCACUAUGUGGUCAAUGAAGGAACAAACUCAUGCUCCUUCUGUAGCAGCUUUGUCUCCUCCUCAGAUGCCUCACUACUCUUUGCCAGCUUUGAUGUACUAGUUGAUCUGACAGACCACACAGGCACUCUCCAUUCUUGCAAUCUCUCAGACACAGUGGCUGAAGAAGCUUUAGGCUGCACGGUCCAGGAGUUCCAGACUCUGACAGAGGCUCAAAAAACAGCCCUAAAAUGGCACCUUCUUCUAGAACGAAGCAAAAUUUAUUUUAAAGUUAUUAUUUCGCCCAGUUCACGAACCGGACUGAGAGUUAGUUUGCUUUCUUGCAAACUAGCAGAUCCUGUGGAGGCCAGUCAAAACCUGCCUGGAAAAGACCUACCUUGCCCAGCUUCAAAACAGCUGGAAGGAGUCUAAGUUGUUGUAAUAUGGUGAAUUUACAUCUUUUUUGGGGGGGGGCGUUGCAUUCUCAUUGCAAAGAUGCUAGAAAGUGUGCUUUAUCAUUCAUGUUUUAAAACUGUGUACUAUCAUUUAAGGAAGUUUACCUUAGUCCAUCCUUCACCAAAUUG